CGCUGAACACACGGCGCGCUACAUCAUUUGCGGCGCCGCGUCAGAUAUUCCAACUCGACCCGCUUUGUAACCGCUAUUUGGAUUCAGCCCACAGCCUUGAGGCGGGUGUGCGAGCGCGAGGUUACAGUAUCGACUACCGAUCACCGAGUCGGCAUGAAUGAACACUCAUUUUAAGCAGAUAGCGGAGCGGGAGCCCGUUCUAAAACCACUGGGCGGUGUGCUGAGGUGCAGUGCUGGAGGGGAUGGUGCUGGACCCAGGGGAAGGUUGUGUCGGAAGGGCAGAUGCAGAUGGUGGCGCUGAAGAUGACCUGGAUGCCCUGGAGACGAACCACAAGCCUGACAGACCCCCAGCCAGACCCAGAGCCAGCAGUGUUACCAAGGGGGAGGCCAAACCCUACAAUGGGCAGCCAGAUUGCAGAGCCAGAGGUCUUGCUGGACCCAGUGGGGAGGGACGGGUCUGUCGGCGGGCUUCCACAGGGACGGCAUACAGGCUCGAAUCACGGCGACCCGUCAGCAUGCAUGUGAAGCCACAGCAGCAGCGGGGAGCGGAGCUCGAAGAAAGGCGUUUGCAGCAACCCCCUUGGCGCAGUGGCCAGGCACCCUGCCCUCCUGCCCGGAGCCUGACCAGCCCUAGCUUCACCCCUGGAGGCUGGAUGCGCCGCAGUGAGAGUACCUUUGCCAUGAAUGGAGGCCUGGGUGCCACAUCGAGCAGGGGACGCAUGAGGCCUGCCACCUCCCUGCCCCACAUCGCCCGAGUGAGCGGAACCACCCAACUGGCUGUACCCUCGUCACCCAAGGCCUCCUGCCUAUUGGUGGCCUUGCGACCCAUUAACAUGGAGGAAGAACGAGAAGCGUUCUUUCGGGCAAACUUCCAAUACGAGCCACAGUUCCAGUACGCUUCACAACAGCCAAAUUCUGUGUUGGACAAAUACAAAGAAGGCUCUGGCCUCUUUCUCACCCAGGCAGUAGGGAUCAUGGAGUGUGUCCUGAGGAAGUUCGGUACAUAUGAGAACUUUGAGGAGGCAACAGGGGGUUGUGUGCUCCCAAAGAGCCGAGUCUGGGCAGCCGUGCGCAAAUACUUGCAGAAGGAGGGCUGUGCAGGAGAGGUGGUGGUGCGUCUUUCUGAGGAGCUGCUGUCACAAGCAGUGAUGAUGGUGGAAAGCUGUAGGCCAACUCUCACUAUCAAUCUGUCCGGAGCACGCCAGCACUGGCUGGAAGGCAUGCUUCGCCAUGAGAUUGGCACGCACUACCUGCGGGGUGUGAACAACAGCCUGCAGCCCUGGGCCAGUGCUGUGGGACGGAAGCAGUUUGGCCUGAAACCUGCCAACCCAACUGAAGAGGGGCUGGCCAGCCUGCACAGUGUGUUACUGCGACGACAGCCCUUCCUGUGGCGUGCAGCCCUGCUCUACUACACAGUUUACCAUGCUGCCCACAUGAACUUCAGCCAGCUGUUUGCCCACAUCGCACGCUUUGUCCAGGACCCCGAUGUGCGCUGGGAAUACUGCAUUCGAGCCAAGAGGGGUCAAACUGACACCUCCCAGCCAGGCUGUUUCAGUAAGGAUCAGGUCUAUCUGGAUGGCAUUCUGAGGAUCCUGCGACACCGGAGGAACAUUGACUUCAAGAUGCUCGCCUGUCUCGGCAAAGUGUCAUAUGAGGAUGUGGAGCGUCUCCGACGCCUAGCAGUUCUUCAGAAGACAAGAAUUCCCCAUUUCAUGCAGAACCAGGAACGGUACCUGCAACAGCUAGACCACAUUGUUGCAGUCAAUGAGCUUGAUGACACACAACUCCAAGAACUCAUCCCCUGAGGAUUCUGAAUGCAGGUGGACCACGCUGUCACCUGGAUAUCAUAUACCUCUGCGUUACACCUGAACAUCUUACAGAAACAUGGCAUAUGCUCAUUUGAAUAUCAUACAAAUGCCUGACAUCACAUAUGUACCUACUAGUAUGAUACACAACACUGAGUAUAAUGAACAUAUUCUGGACAUGUGAACAGAAUGUCUUUACACAUGUUCUGAUGGAGAAAUCCCAAUUACCUCAGACACGAUGUCAUACAUACCACCCCAGAGCUCACAACUUGGCUUAGUACCAUUAUAGCACUGUUGUAUUCAGAGUACCUGUAAUUCCUAUUUGGAAUUAUAUUUUAAAUUUUUAACUUUUUUUAACUCUGUGUAUUUA